UUCUGAUUGAUUUUCAUUGAUGAUCCACUCAUUGAUUUAUUUCCAUGUUCUUGUGUCUUGUUGUCGUCUCCUCAGCUCCAUAUGAGCAGCGAUGUCCUCCAUCUCCUCCUCCAUCUCCUCCUCCAUCUCCUCCUCCAUCUCCUCCUCCAACUCCUCCUCCAUCUCCUCCUCCAACUCCUCCUCCAUCUUUCCUGCCUCCAGUAGCUGCUUUAGCUACAGAUCCAGUGUUUUCAUCUUAAUCUCCUUCUCGGCCACCAACAUCCUCCUUCUCCUCCCUCUCUGCAUCCUCGUCCUCCACCUCGGUCUCCAACGAUGGCGGCAGAACCGGCGCUCGGCUUCCGCGGCGACGAGCCACUCGGACGUCUUCACCUACCACCUGGUUGCCAUGGAGACGGUGGGCGUGUUGGGCUGCGCUUUGUUCUGCGUUGGCGUUUUCUUCGGCAUGCUGUGGUCCAUGGUGACGGGCCUCUACCUUUUCUCCGUCACCUCGUAUGGACAGCUUCUCUUUCACACCCUCACCUGUGCAGAGCGCCACCUGGCCGUGGUUCAUCCAAUCACCUACCUGGGUCUGAGGCAAAGGGGCGGGGUCAGAGUCAGAAACUUUUGUGUUUUGUGCAUUUGGCUGCUUUUCUUUGCUUCCUUCAGUCUCGUUGUAACUUUCAGCGCCGUCGCAGUUUUGUGCAUCUUGACUCUCUCGGCCGCCGUCGUCUCUUUCUGCAGCCUGUCGGUUCUUCGCUCUCUGAUCGGUCCAGGGCCGGGGGAAGGGGGCGGGGACAGGGAGCGAGUCCACCAAUCAAAGAUGAGGGCGUUCUACACCAUCACGGCCAUACUGGGAGCUCUGGUGUUGAGGUUUGGAGGCCAUGUGCUGGUUGUGGUGGUCCACUCGUACUCUGCAGCCACUGAGCGUGUCCGGUGUGAGGUUCUGGUGUCGGGAGUCUGGUUCGGUCUGCCCAGCAGUCUGGUGUUACCGCUGCUGUUUCUGCACCGAGCAGGAAAACUGAGGUGGUGACACCGAGGACACACUUUGUCUUUGAACAGCCAACAGCAGGAAGUCAGUUGUUGACUGUCAGAUUUGGACUGAUUCUGUUCCACUGAUUGUUCGGGGAUGAAGAUGAGAAGAGACGCACAUUUAAUGGAUCUGUUUGGUUUGAAUCAGCUGCAGUUUAAAGUUACAGCUCAUUUCAAUCCUUCGUCCACGUUAAAGCAGACGGACUGACGGACGGAUCACAGUGAGAACAUCUCUCAACAGCAGACUAAAGAAAUAUAGAAGAUCAAUGUUUUCAUCAAUCUGCAGGUAUUUCUGCUCAACGCUUCCUUUUGCUGCCGGCGUCUAAUGAAAACCUCAUUUCUCCUGAUUGUUUUCAGUUGUUCAGAGUAAAAUAUUUGUUGAGAAAAUCCAGUCAGUUCAGUAAAGAGAUUUUUAAACAUCUGGAUGCAUGAAACAUGUAAAAAACGACUUAUCUGGAAAAUGAACAAACACAGAUACAUGUGAUUUUUGAACAUUCAUAAUAUGUUGAAGUCGUUUAGUUCUUUAUUUAUUGGUUUAGUUCCUUGUUUUUUAGAUGAAAGUUGCACAAUGUGAAAAAUGUGUAAAAUAAAGUGAUUCCUGCUCAUUUAAAGAGUUAAUAUGAAAUCUAUAAAUACACCGUGUGGCUUUAAAUGGCAUAUUCUGGUUAUAUAACAUGCAAACACACACAUGAGGAUUAACAUAGAAACACUGUGGAUGAAACAACAGUUCAGACACUCGGAGCAGAAGAUCAGAAACUACAGAUAAAGUGAGUUCAUUUUAAUCACCUCACAGAAUAAUAACAGAUAUUAAUCAUCAGUUUCUUGUGCUGCUGACUCUUUAUUCUACAUGUCUAUACACAGUG